AUGUCCUUGAUUCAUUUAAAAAAUAUUCUUUCUUGUUCAAGUGAAGAUCGCGUUCACUGUGCUAAAAAUUUACUUAAACCAGAACAAUAUAAAAAAUGGCUAUCAUCGAAAAGUACUGAAGAACGUAUAAUAUGUAUUCUUGAAUUUGAAAAACCUAGUUUGAUAUCGUCUGUGGAUAUUGGCAAUGAUGGUAGUGCAUUUAUUGAAUUAUUAGUUUCUCACUCAUCAUCAUCAAAACCUGAUGAUUGGACUGCUCUUUUACCUUCAACAAUUUUCAUGACUCCAAAUGAAUCACGUUCAAAUAAAAAUCGUAAUCAAAUUAAAUCUUUCAAAUCUUAUCAAUUAAAUAAAACAUGUUUAAAUGAAGAAUGGGAUCGAUUAAAAAUAAUAUGUGAUCAAAAAUUUAAUCGUUCAAAUCAAUUUGGUUUAAGUUUUGUUAAAUUAUAUUCAACGGUUGAUGAUAAUAAACAAAUAGAAAUAGGUAAUAAAUCUUUGACUAAUAUUGCUGAUGAAGAUGAAACGAAGAAAGAAGAAAAUCAAACUAAAAAAAAAUUAAAAUCAAUAUCUAAUGAUGAUGACGAUGAUGAUAAACAUGUUUCAUCAAAUGUUUCUGAUGAAUUAUUAAGCAAAAAAUCAAUAAAUGAUAAUCAAACUCAAAAAUUAAAGAAAAAAGAUGUUAAAAAUAAUAAAUCACAAAUAAUGAAAAACAUUGCGUUUGUUUUAAGUGGUUUUCAAAAUCCCUUACGAUCACAAUUACGUAAUAAAGCAACUGCAAUGGGUGCUACUUAUAAUGAUGAUUGGAAUGAGAAAUGUACACAUCUUAUUUGUGCUUUUCCAAAUACACCAAAAUUUACAGAAGUUCAACAAACAGAAAAAGGUUUUAUUGUUAAUAAACAAUGGAUAAUUGAUUGUCAUAAAAAAAAUCAAUUAUUACCUGAGAAAUCAUAUGAAUUAAAAGAAACAAAUGACAAUGAAACAAAACAACAAACACCAAAAAGAAAAUCAGAAACAAAAAAAAGAAAGACACAAAAUGAAGAUGAAAAUAUUAUUUCAAAAGAUGUUAAAAAAAGAACUCCUGUGAAAAAAAAACCUACAACGACUAAAGAAGAUAAAAAAAAGAAGAACAAAUUUGAAGAAAUACCAGCUGUUUUUCAUGGAAAACAUUUUUAUGUAUCUUAUGGUGACUAUGAUGAUAAUACACUUUUGGAUAUAACCCGAGUUAUUCUUGCUUAUGAUGGAAUUUUGGAAAGACAAAUUACUCCAGAUGUUAAAUAUGUUAUUACAAAUCGAAUGUGGAAUCAAGAUUUUGCAAAGAUCUCAAAAUCAAAUCCAGAUAUAAAUUUUAUUAAUCUUGAUUGGUUACAAGAUUGUCAUGAUGCAAAUCAAUUUGUACCAAUGCAACCAUAUUUAGUUGUUCCUUAG